GCUUUACUCAAAACGAUGGUGUCCUAGUCUUUCCUCGUCCAAGCAGCUGUUUAGUUUGAUUGAAGACAAAAACCAAGGCAAACAAGAUCAAACAAGCAGGACGACGUCAUCUGAAAAGCCUGGUGUUUCAUGCUUCAUCCGCUUCGGCACGGACAAUUCCGAAGCUUGUCAGCUCCACUCUUGAAAAGCGCUGCACAUUCGCUGCCUCAUCUAGCAAAGUACAAGAGGAGCCCUCUGCCGAUAUUUGGAACCAAAAGAUAGCACGAAGCUUCAGGUUGGCCGAGGACAACCGCUGAUGUUCCUCUUGACUUCGACAACACAGAAAAGCAAGAAUAUCCUCAAGAUUACCACCACAGGAUAAAGACUGGGUGAGACCGUUGCAGGUUCACGGAGUAGCGAGGCAAACGUACUACAAAGCAUACCGAGAUGCUGGAAGGCUUGUGGAAGCUAACCCAAGCUCACCUGCCGAUGUGCCGAUGUUGAAAAGCAAAUGCCGAGGAAAUGCACCUCCACAUUGCUUCACCGCACAGCCACGCCUGUUCCAACCCGUUGUAGCUUACUUGUCUCUCUACACAAGAGCCUCACAACUGGGGUCAAAACGAGAACCCCAAUAGUGAGCAGUUGAACAUCCCCAAGAUCAACGGUGUAUUCGGAUGUUGACCUGCAGUCCAGCUCUCAAAACAAUCUUAAGGCCAGCCCAGCAUCUUUUCAAAGCUGUUGCUGUAGGAGAAGAAUGGUUCACUGAGCUUCUGGGUUCCUUGUGUCUCUAUUACACACUUGAUAUAGACCAGGGAGCUGCAGCAAGUCCUUUUGGCUCUGUUUGCCACAAUAAUUGCCACAGUAUGACCCUGAAAUUUAGAACCCCCUAUGAAGAUUCAUACCAAAGCUUCAAGACUUCUUUGCUACUCUGCCUCUGCAAGCAGCCGGUUUGAAGUCUGGUCAUGGGCUGAAAGUUGGGACAACGCACAGUUCCUUCUAUCGAACCACACAAAAUUUGAAUCAUGUGGGCAUCUUCAUUCUCUUGGUCAGAUGGGAGGUGGCCAUGAAGGAUUCUUUGGGUCCUGUGUGUUGCCACGAGUUGUCAAAUGCUGAGUGACUCGGUACCAGGAGACCUUUGCCGAUACUGCUGUGGAACCAAAAAAUAGCACGAAGCUUCAGGUUGGCUGAGGACAACCGCUGAUUUUCUUUUUGGCUGAGGACAACACACAGAAAAGAUUAUUGCCACAGGAUAAGGACUGGGCGAUGGAGUAGCAAGGCAAAAGUGCUGUUACUAGUACGGCUUGAGAAGGAUAGCCCAAGCUUACUCAGGGUUUCAUAGCAGCAUUUUCUGUUUAUGUUUGUUUCCUUUCAUUGCCUCUCAUGUCUCAUAUGAAGCCGCAAGAUUCCAGAGGUUGUUGUUGCAAAUCUCCUCAGCUGAACAUGUGCUUGGGUUUGCUUUCAGGGAAUUUGAUCACCUUUAACCUUUGUCUCAUCUCUGCAGCCAGGCAAAUGAAGUCCAACCUGCAAGUGGUACAGGUCUCACCAAGACAAACCUCCUGUGUCGCUCCACGGAAGACGCAACUAUUACAGAAGGCGCCUUUCAUAGAUAAAUUAUCGUAAGACUUUGUUGCAUGCCAUUUUGCUUUGAGUUGAUCUAGACUUCUGGAUUUUGAGCGCAAAUGCCAGUCACUACUGGGUUCCUCAUUUGUUGUGUUUGCUUUUGUCUAAAGAGGCGAGCAAUAUAUGCACUGUUUGCAAUCCAACCCAAUGCCAACACUACACCUUGAGACCGUUCAACAGCUGCGCUGCCACUGCAAACAGGCGGUGGUUUAACAAACGGUUGCCCAGCUUCUCGGCCAGUUCCGCUUGGCCAUCAUGGCGCGGCACUGCUUUUCACUCCGCGAUUCUGAUUCUAUUGCGCUUAUGCGUCCAUGUCAAAAUACAUCCGAGAAGAGGAAUCGGAAGCUUCUUUUUUGGUCAUGAUGCCCUGAGGAAAAUUCCAAAGCCGUUCAGCUGCACUCUUGAUAAGCUCUUCACAUUCGCUGCCUCAUCCAGCGAAACACAAGUGGAUUCUGCUCCCGUUCUUUAACGUUUGUGCACUUGGUCACAGAAGCUUAGUUCCUUUGGGCCUCGGCCUUCCAUGUAGCAAUUUGACUUGGGGAAUCCGAGUCUAUCUACUUUGCACAUGCCGGGCAGACUUCCCUGGCCAACGCCUAAGGCUUAUUGACUUGGCUAACUCAAGGCAGGCUCUAGCUGCAGUAAGGUUUAGGCCUGCCGGCCUUUUGUUUUAUGCCAGAACAUUGAAGUCUCAGGUGUUGGUUUUGGAGCAUCCCAUGCAGCUGCAUAUGCUUGCACGUUCAUCCAACUGAAAACAUCACGAAAAUCCUUUGUGUGAACACGGAGCAUUUAGUGCAUGGCUGUUGUCCAAAUGUUUGGUGGUCGGCAGACAAGCAGCUGGAUUGGAGCUGGAAUAGAAACGUCUCAAGCCAAGUACUUUCUCACUGUGCCUGUGCGCCUAUGUAGAUUUGACUGAACUGGCGAAUGCCAAAUUCAAGACUCUAAUUCUGCCUGUUAUUUUUAUGGUUUCCCUACUCAAAGGCCGAGGGAAGCUGACUUGAUGUCUCAAGCUCUUGUCUCAGAAGGUAUGUUGUUGCUGAUUUCUUUCGCCCUGCCGCACUUCUCAGCUGUGCACAAAGAGCCGCGGUUGCAGCCUGUUCUCGGCCCUGUGCCAACUACAUGAGGUCCUUGCUUCAGAAAGCCAACUGGAAAACAACCGUUUGCCAUGCAAUUGCCACAUUGGACGACCAUCAUUUGGCUUAAUUGUUCAGGCAUCGUCGCUGCACCUCAAUUCUUCCAGACAGAGUCAGUGUGGUCUACUGCAUGCAAAUGCAGCAGUCUUUUGUUGAAUGUGCUCUGCCCUGCAAGGUGCACCAUUCCAAAGGAUCAAUUGGAAAAAGGAGGUUGCGAUGACAAGAUUAGCAGCGGCAGGCCACCUGAGAUCGGACUUUUGCGUAUCCUCUUGACCCUUGGAUUGUCGGACUCAUUCUUUUGCCCCAAUGUCUGUAUUUGGCGCAAGCAUGAAAGCGACAUCUUGGCCAGUUCCACUCCAACAUCAGAACAUUUAGGCUUGUGCAGCUCAUUUGGGUUAGAUCUUAUGUUGUUUGACGUCCCAUGACUCAACUAAGUUUCGCGUGACAUUGCCCAGCCAGAAAGCAGACAGGUAUUUCAUCGUACCAACUUCAAUUUCAGCCUGAAUCACUGGCUUGGUGAACUCAAGGCAUACUUUAAGCUUCAUGUGUCUCCCAUUUCAAGAGCGUUGGCAAGACACUUGAAAUCUCAGCUCUUGGUAUUGGAGAGUCCUAUGCAGAUUCAUGUCGCUGCUUCACCUUGUUGAGAGGCAGGCUGCUUGAGAAAACGUCCCGUGUAUUCCAAGUGUUUCCAAGUCUGGUUUACACGGAAUGCCGAUUGCAGCCUGUCUGUGGAUGUGGCUGUGUGCAACUUGUUCAGCUGACAUGAACCCCCCGCGACCAGCAUCCAUCCCCAGGAAACCAGCCAUUUGCUGUGUACUUGCAACAUUGGAUGAUCAGAACCUGGCUUGAUUGCCCAGCUGUGACUGGAAGGAGCUUUGCGAGACCAGGUAUGAUCAUGCUCAAGCUCAACCCUGCUAAUACCGCUUGCGCAGUUCCCACGUGCCCCCAAACUGUUCAAAGAAUCCAGGCCGGCAAACUCUGUGCUUUUGUUUUCCCAUCUUGUCCAUCAAUAGUCACUGAAUCGAUAUAUGUUUGUAUUCCAGCCGCAAUUAGCAAGCACAACCCCUUGGUGCCAAAUUGCUUUCUUCACUCACAAUGCCCAAAGCAUGACCUCCAAAGAAGUCAAGCGUUUCUUGCCGCUGGCGACUCUAUAGCGGCUUCGCGCCCGCAUCGAAGUUUCUGCGGUCCCUCACUUUUGCAUCCUGCGUAGACAUGCUUCGGAUUUGUGUGGGUGCUAUCAAUAUUCCGAGUCUAGUUGAAACAAGCCUUGCUUGCAGUGCUUUUGGUCCUUGAGGAUGUCUUCAACUUGAAUCCUUUAUCUUGUUAACUUGUCUCGGCUUUUGUUCAAUUCACUCUUGCCACUCCGGUCAAGCCAACAGCCUUGGCUACAAAUUGGAGCCCUGCUUAUGGCUAGGGGUGUAGCACUCCAUCCGGAUUCUGUCAUACCUUGCCAUCAGGCACAGGCCUUGGCCAGCAAGCUAUUCUCAGGAUAGUACAGUGUGCACAAUGCUUGCGCCGUACAUGUCCAAUUGCGGAUGAUAUAACCUAGCUCAGAUGCCGUCUUUUGACGUCAGUGCUUAGACUGUGGGAGGCGAAAACCUUCGCAAACCCUUGUUCAAAAACCUCUUAUUCAACAAACAAACGUGUUUACCCCAUAGGUUGGGCUGUCCCUCUUCAUCCAAUGCGUUUGACCAUGCGCUCUCGCUGCAGUAGAGGUAAGGUCGAAUGCUUUGGCCUGACCUUUGCCCUGAAGUGCAUUUGGACCCACAAAAUGCAGAAAAUAUGCCAAAGCUUUGUGGGUUUGCCAUCCAUACUCUGAUCUCAGUUGAAACAAGCCUCGUACACUGCUUUUGGUUCUCGAGGUGGACUUGUCCUCAAAUAGGUGCCCAUGGAGGCUUUAAGGAUGCGGCUGCUUUGUCAGCGUGCGUUCUUCAUCCGACUUGAGAUUGAAUUGGAACUCUUUCAGAUUUUCCGUAGCUUUUGUGCGUUUUUGUGACAGCUGAUGCAUAAGGAGACUGGCAAGCUGAAGCUGCACCCAGGACAGGGGCAAGUACAUGGUGUCGACCUUCAAGAAGAUGUGCUUUGUGACUCCACGAAGAUGCUAAGAGUUUGGAGGCAAGACCGGCUGGCAGUAUGGCCGAUCUCUAUUCCUCCACAGAGGCUGUGCAUUGAGGCUGGGCAUCGAGGCACUGGCCUGGGAUGUGGA